UCAGUAGCUCUGUAUGGCCUAUGGAUGAAAGAAUGAAGAGUCUCUGGGUAGUUGUGGUGGCAGGAUUUAUCUUCUCUCUACUGCAGAUUGGAACUUGUCAAUGUGAUGUUGUGAGGCUAGCUGCAGCAGUACAUGAGACACUGAGUCCAUUCAUGACUGAAAUGAGGGAAGGUCUGGCUGCUGUUGAAGCAAAACAAGAAGAUUUUAGUGAGAAACUUAUG